AUGAGACAGGCGGACAUCCCUGAAAUGAGGGUACAAGACGCCUAUCUCAACUCUUACCGCGCCUACACCGGGCCACAAGAUGGGGCCAUGGGAGUGCCUCUGGGCUCCUUAAGCAGACCCACAAGAGGGUACGCCCCGCCCCCUCCGUCCAGCACGAUGACGUCAGAGAGCAGCUUCCUCCAGUUCCGGCCAAGCAGUUUCCGCAUCUUGACCAUCGUGUCGGCCUUCCUGUGCUUCUGUCCUGUGGGGAUAGCCGCGCUUGUCUACAGCUGUAGGGCCCAGUGGGCAAAGAAGCACGGCAACUUCGGCAAGGCGGCUCUCCUGGGGAAGUCAGCACGUGACCUGGCCGUGGCGAGCAUAGUGCUGGGGACGUCCAUGGCGUUGGUCAUUCUGCUCAUCGGGAUAUUGCUCUUUGUGCCCGGGGUCACUCAGUCCGGCUAGCUUUACGAUGUUUGGUGACGUUACACUGUUCAGUUUUCUUUAUGAUUUCUAUUGUCGUCACACAGUUCAGGUAUCUUUACGGUGUUUGGUGGCGUUUCACAAUUCAGCUUGCUUUACGGUGUUUUGUGACAUCCCACUGUCCAGCAAGGAUUGUUAUGGAUAUUACUGACUUUAUCUGAGGCGUGAUGUUAGGUGAUGACAUCGCAGAGUCCAGCUUGCUUUUCUGAUGUUUUGUGGCGUUAUAUAGUCCAGCUAGUUUUACAAUGUUUGGUGACGUCACACAGUCAAGUUAGCUUUACGACGUUUCCAUGGCGUUACACAGUUCAGCUGGUGUUUCGAUGUUUGAUGGCGGCAAACACCCACCAGUGCAUUACAUUGCUUGGUGACGUCACACAGUCCAACUAGUGUUACGACAUUUGGGUGGCGUUACACAUUCCAGCUUGCAUGGCACUACAUUAUUUGAUAGUGUUAUAAACAUCUGCUGGCGUUCCAUUGGUUGAUGGUGCUACGCAGUCUUGCGAACGUUACGUUACAGUUAUAGCGUUACGCCAAAUCGUACAAAAUCGUGUGUGACACGCCAACUAGGUUCAUGGUGUAACACUACUAAGAAAAUAAUUUCUGCAAGUUUUAUUUUGUAGAACGCUCCCCAUCUAGCGAAUUUUAGGAUGUCGGACCGAACACAUCGUUGCUAGCGUUACAGUGGAGGACUUUACACGUAAGUUUAGCUUGUGUUACACAGUAGUGCGUAGUGUGUUACACGACAUUCUUGUUAAUUUUACACAGCAGUGCGCUACAUGUUCUAGCGAGUGUAAUAAUAUGGGACAACACACACUUUCGUCUGAUAUAAUCUCUUGUCCUUAAUAUCAAGGAACCACCAGACCUACUUAUUAUGUAUAUUCAUCUGUAAUACUAUUUGCUGGAGUGUUUUCAAAUUCGACUAGCCGGCGUAAUCACUGAGGUUUUGAUAUACAUAAUUCAAUGGAUAAGAUAAAGGUGUAUGAAAGUUUUGUAUUUCACACUGUUCUGAACUGUUGCCUUGUUUGCCCUUGGUUCAACUGGUAUUUAUUAAUUGACAUGAUUGGGAUUGUG